AAAUAAAUUAGCAAGGCUUGUAGACAUGCAUAAAACAUACAAAGACGUACAAAUGGCAAGCAAUUCCUGAUCGUCUCGGCACAUGGCGUUUGCCGUCGGAACGCGAGUCCGCCGGCCAGCCUUUCGUCAGGAUGCACACUGACUUUAUUACACCCCUACUGCUUUACAAAAAGCGCAUAUCUAUGUCACCUUGGCUGUGCGUCGUCGCAUUGUUAUCCUUAUGUCUAUUGACAGAUGCCGCUCGCUUUUGCGAGCGGAGUGGCUAUUGUUCUGUUGGCAAGCUGAAAGGUUACAUUGGACCGCUAGAUACAGCAGCCCAGCUUAAGGAUGCGCUAAAUGCGACGGCAUUCAAAAAUGAGCUUAUCAUCAUCGCUGAGUCCAGGAUAGGCGAUGCGUCCCAGGCCCUUCACCGCUUCCGCAGCGCUGGCUACGCUCACGUGCUUAUUAUCAUGGAGGAGCCGGUGCAGUGUCAGCAGCUUCGUUCCGUGUUCGCGCCCUGGCUGUCUGAAGAGGGCCCUAUAAGCUGCGGCACGUACGCCACAAGCGACCCGGUCAGCGGCGUUGGGUACCGCGCUCGGUUCAAGUACUUUAAAGAGCCACUAGCUAUCAUGGCCUGCUGGCGCAAGUUCCUUACGGCGGGUCGGGCGGUGGCGCUUGGGUACAACGUGAUGGCUGUUGACACGGAUACCUUGGUGCUUGACGACUGGUACUGGCGAGCGAAGCAGCCGCCGCUGUCCGAGUACAACAUGAUGUGUCAGAACGAGUGGGGCUUGAACCUCAACAGCGGCUUCUGCUACGUGCAAAACGCAGCUUCUAAUGGACCCAGCACCUGGAUUCUGUACGAGACAGUCCACCGAGUGGUGCGCUGGCUGGAAGAUGACUCCGUCCUGAGAAACGCCUCCGCACGCUACAGGGCAACCCCAAUACUGAGGAUCAACGACCAAGGCUUGUUGCAGGAGGCCGUGCAAAGUGCCGUUGUCGGACGGCCCAUAUUUCCGACUUUGCUGGUGCUCUACGGCGAUGAAAAAGAGACGUACCAAAAGUAUAACACGACAGAGGACGAAAUGUUCAGGGCAAACAUAAACCCCUUCGUCGCCGCAUUCAAGGAGAAUACGGAACAUCCGGUUACGGGGGAGCUUGCCGGGGCUGUGUGUGAGGACUUCACGAAGCCAGAGUGCCCCACAAGUAAAGAGGGCAUGGUGGCACUGCCGACCGCCGACAUCAGGGUACCUCAUAGCGGUGGACAAUGGCCAUUGAAGCUCGGCGGGUACCCUUUCAGCCGCGAGAUUGGAAACUUCACUGCCGCAUAUCGCAGCGCCUAUGCGGAACUCGGGGUUCCUCUGCCCCCCGACCCAGACGAUCCCGCGACGGAGGCACAGGCAGGGGCCAUCAAGCCCGAGAAGUUCGCCUACCUGUCGCACCAGGCAGGACGCGAUGGCAGCUACAUGGGCAAUUGGGCGUUGAGUGGUUGGUGGACGGUUGGUCGGCAUGGCUGGUGGCAUACGCACCUGCUGCCCAAGAACAACACAUCAGCUCCGCGCAAGCUGGCUAUCGGACACAUCUGGGCUGGGAUCUUCCAUGGGGACUUUCAAAAGGAUAUCAUCCUCAUGCUCUCCGGACAUUACAACUGGCAACUUGCGACAAGGGUUGCUCGAGGCCGACGGUACAUGACCAACCAAGUCCUCCCUCCCGGGGAACCCCACCACACCGCUCCGGAGGUCCGUACGGUCGUGGCGUACAAGCCUGGUGUCGUCCAUGCCGGAAUGAGCAAGGAGCAGUACAUACGCGCAGUACAGGGGCUCGCCCAGGUGGCAGUGGCGCUGAGUGCUGUUGCAGCCUGGCCCGCGGCGCCUUGCGACAGUGACUGGGCCCUAACGCCCGAGGCGCGCAAGUCGCUUCCGCGGCCAAUCAAGCACUCCAUUCCCUGGAGCAGCUACCUGGAUGUCUUCUACCAGGUGCAGCCCUUUGGCGACUCGCUAGAGGAGCUGCAGUGCGAGUGGCCGGGCUUCGCGCAAGCAGCGUGCAUCUGCAACCACCACCAGCGACCGGGUCAGGAGGUGGGCCAGGAGGUGGGACAAGGCAUGCUGGCAGUGGAGUUCGCGCAUCUGCGGAAAGCAGCUCGAGCGGACCCCUCACCGUCAACUACACUCUUGCUUGGGGACCCCGCGCCUCCACUACCUCCAGCCGGUAACACGGAGCGCCAGCCUGUGUCGUACGCGGACCUCUUCCGGCUGAACGCCGAGUCCGUACUGCGGCGACAGCAGCGGGAGAUGACGCCGGUGUUCUGGUUAGAUCGGUUGGUUGAGGUGGUUGGGAUGCAAGGCGAGGCGGCGGCCACCUACAAGCGCUGGUACGACAAGUGCCGUGCACUGAGGUACUACGAGCUACCGGAGAGGGAGAGGGAGAAAUGGUAGCAGUGAUGGGUGUGCGUUGGGGGGCACGCAGGAACUGAUGGUGGGGGUGGGACUACGCUUCCGUGUGCUCAGCUACUUUGGUAGUUUGACCUGCCGUCGCGGCAAAGGGAACGAUGGUAAUGCAUGUGGGUUGGAUACAAUGUGGGGGCUCCGCCUGAAGUUGGCAUUGCAACAAUGCAAGCCCACUGUCUUGACUCGACCUAACCGACUUGACAUACCGUGCAUGAAACCAGUCGCUAGAUAGUCAUUGGGGUGCCGUACGAGCAGUACUGACGGUUUGUUAGUUAACAAUGUGCACUAGGUCUUCGUGGGAACAGUUGCAUGCGGGACAGUGUGGGAAGCGCGCGUCGCGACAAAUCCUCACGCAGUGGGAGACGAGGCGCUGUGGAGCUGUUUUAGAACCCUGUCCUUGCCGCUGUCGCGCCCAUACGCCGGCUUGCACACCUAGCGCCACUGGGGUCCACACUCCGGCAAUGGGGCGCGACACCGUACAUGAAGGGAGGGCGUGCAGAUCUUUGGCUUCGUGGGUUCUUUUAUCCGUAUUAUUACCAUUACGUUUCGUGUUUCUCUGCCAUGGUCUUUCGUUCGUGUUACGUGCGCUAAUUUGUGGCAUCUUGAUGGUAGCAGAUUGGUGGCACGAGAUAACUACUGUGCAUGUUGUUGUCCAGGUGCCGUGACAAGCAUGUGCGCGCAUUCUACACUUACCUCGAGCCAGUGCUCCUUGGUCAUACAUGUUAUGCGUAUGUGGCCAUUUUUUAUAGAUAUGACUUGGCAAUUUUUGAUCCGUGGGUCUGCGUGUCUCGCCGGGCCACCGGUUUUAACUUGCUCAUAAGGUAAGAUGGCUGUGACGGUGGUUAUCGUUGCACACCGGUCUCGUCUGGCGCUGCUGGGCUGGUGACGCGAUGAGGUGGCAUGCAAUCUGUUGCGUGGGUGCUCUGGCAGGCAUGUAUUUAUUAAGAUUCGUGUACAGGGCUCCCCGAGGGCUGUAAGCAGCUUUCCAUGA